AGGAGAGAAAGAUGGGAACCGAAGAAAACGAAGAAAAUACAGAAACCCUUGGGAUCCUGAGCAAAAGUUGUUAGACGGACUCCAUUUCAAACCCUUUUAUUAUACUUUGCUCUCUCUCAUCAGCGUCGUCUUCUUCACUUCUCUCGCUCCUGCUCACCUUUAACAUUCGUUCCUUCGCCUGGGGGAUUUGGUGCGUGCGUGCAUGCAUGCAGCCGGGUGCAGGGGAUCGAUCGAGGUUCGCAUCCUACCGGUUCCUCCAUGCCCAAGGAAAGGAUGGCACUUUAACCCUUGCUUGUUUAUGUCCUUGUCCGUCUCCAUCUCAUCUCAUCUCAUGUCGUCUCUCCUCCUCCUUUUGAUCACAUAUAUAUGCACACACGACAUGCGUGUUAGUGCCUUGGAAAGGAAAGUCAGAGGUGGCCUCGUUUGACACGGUGGAGAGAAAGAGAUGUUUGGAUUGGAUGAUGAAUGAGUGAGUGGGGAAGGGAGGCCACGUUUGGGAGUUUGGAGUUUAUGGUAAGAGGAACUGGAGGAAAGUGUUGGUUCGGAGACGGCGCACCGCAGCCUCUUCUCUGCUGCUCUUCUCUUCUUGUGGCUGCUGCCUCAACGAGCUGCACGGUGUGGCAACAAGAGCAGCAGCAGGUGCAGAGGAGCUCCGUUUGCAUGGUAUCAGGGGAUAAAUUUGCGUCGGCUUGCUAACAUGGAACCGAGGAGGUUGGAGCAGUUAGUGUUUCUGCUCUGUUGCUUUGCGGCAAUCACAUGCAGGUUACACGCACAACCUCAGGCCCAAACCACUCUGCAACACCUCAAAAGCUCGCCCCACCAUGGAGCAGUGGGUAGGAUUUUGUCAGAGAUGGAAAACAGAUCGGAGAGCGCGCUCUCAAGAAGAACGAAAAGAAUUGAUCCACUUGAUGGACUAAGGAAGUACGAGGGAGGGUACAAUAUCACAGACAAGCAUUACUGGAGUUCGACCAUAUUUACAGGUAGAUCUGGAUACAUUAUUGCAGCAUUAUGGCUUAUUGGUGGUGUUGUUUUUGGGUCGAUUCUUCUCAUCUCGAAGAUUUUCUUCACCAAAAGAAAUGCAAGAUAUGGUGAUAUCGACUAUUUUCUUGAGAGAUACCAAAUAUUAACCGUGAUACUUUGUAUCCUCCUUGCAAUUUUUACCAUAGUUGCAUCAGCAAUCGCAAUUCGUGGUACCCUACAAUUCCACUCAAGAGCAGAAUCUGUGAAAGAGAUCAUUGGGAGGACUGCACUUGAGGCAACAGCGACGAUUUACAACAUAACAGGAGCCAUUGAGAUGAUGCAAAACACAUCAAAGCUAUACAACUACAGCAGCCAAGCUUGGGAUCAUCUGAACUCCACAGUGGAGGCGCUCAACUCCGAAGCCGGGGAGAUUCAGGCCAAGGCGGAGAAGAACAUGUACUUGGUCAGCAAAGGGAUCAAGACACUGGAGUAUGUGACAAUUUUUACUGUGACACUGAAUCUUGUCGCUGUUCUCGCAUUGCUGGUAGGGAGGCCUCUAAGGUUGCAGAAACUGUGCUACUUGUGCAUUGUCUUCUGCUGGAUACUGACAGCCCUCUUCUGGAUGUACUUCGGCCUGUACUACUUCUUCGACAAGUUUGUUGGUGACACAUGUGUCGCUCUCGAUGAGUACCAGCUGAACCCUCAGAACAGCACGCUGGGAACCAUCAUACCCUGCAGCGAGAAGCUCUCCGGCAACCUGAUCCUGCACGACGUUGGUGCGGGAAUCCAUGACAUCAUAGAUCAGGUGAAUUCCAACAUUUACACGAUAAAAUCGGAGUAUGCUAUGAAGCAGCUGGACUACAUCUGCAAUCCCUUCACCGGGCCGCCGGAGUACCAGUACCGGCCAAAGAACUGCCCCUCCGGUGCCGCCACCAUCGGUGACAUCCCUCAGAUCCUGAAGAGGCUGACGUGCUCAGACUUCGGCGGCGGAGCAAACUGCGCCCCGGCCGACCUCUCGUCGGCGAUCGACUACGACAAGGUGCAGUCGUACACGAGCUCCAUCCAGAACGUGCUGAACAUCUUCCCGGGCACGGAGCGGCUGGUGAGCUGCGAGCUGGUGAAGGCCGGCUUCGCGGACAUCGUGGGCAACCAGUGCGCGCCGCUGCGGCGCGGCGCGCGCACGGCGUGGGCCGCGCUCGCCGCGCUGUCCGCGGCCAUGGCGCUGCUGCUCUUGCUCGAGCUCGCCGUGGCCGGGGGCGCGCGCCACCCCGGCGACGAGCGCCUGUCCGUGAGGCACCUCACCUCAUCGACCAACUCGGAGAUAUCGGAGGUCGAGUUCGCCGAGAUGCACGCCAAGAAAGUGCGGAUCAGGGUCGGGCCGUGAGCCAAGGAAGCGAGAUCGAAUUCUGUUUGCUGAGUUCUUUGCCAUUUGCGGAGGAGAGAGAGAGAGAGAGAGUUGAGGAUGUAUACUGCCGGCGGUAGAGACUGAUCCAGGAGAGAUCGUCCACCGCCGGCGCGCCAUUGCUGCGAAAUGUUUGGUUUAUGUCUUGUGAGGAUGGUCUGGAGAAUCCAGCCAUUGUGUUGGUGGUAUAGGAGAAAUUGAUUGCAUUCGGUACAUGAACUUCAAUCUGCAAAAGCAUUGAAGAUUAAUUACAGUACAAUUUGUUCUUUGCAUGAACAGCAAAAA